AUGAACUGCACUUAUAAAUACCCUACUGGAUAUCAGAUCAUGAAAGUGUUCUGGACCAAAAACCCUGUACAGGGUAAAGAGCCUCCAGAUCUGUCUAAGGACCCUGAAUACAGUCAGAGGCUUCAGUAUCUGGGAGAUGAACAGCAGAACUGCACCAUCAGACUGAGUCAUGUGACACAGAAAGAUGAACACAUGCUCCUGCUGCAGUCAGUCAGAAGAGAGGAUGCAGGCAGAUACAGCUGUGCUCUACAUGAACACACUUACAUCUCUCCUGCUGUUCAUCUCAAUGUCAUGUAUCCUCCAAAGGAAUCUUUUGUAGCAGUGAAUCCAUCUGGUGAAAUAGUGGAGGGAGAUUCAGUGACUCUGAGCUGCAGCAGUGAUUCAAACCCACCUGCAGAAAUCAGCUGGUUUAAAAGAGGAAAGUUUGUAGGAUCUGGAAGAAUCUACAGCAUCUCAAAGAUCAGCUCUGAUCACAGUGGAGAAUACAAGUGCAAGUCCAUCAAUAAACGCGGAGAGAAAUACUCUGAUGCUGUGACUUUAAAUGUCAUGUAUCAUCCAAAGAGCGUCUCAGUGUUCAUAAAUGGAUCUCCUGAAAUAGUGGAAGGAGAUUCAGUGACUCUGAUCUGCAGCAGUGAUUCAAACCCACCUGCAGAAAUCAGCUGGUUUAAAGAAGGAACAUUUGUAGGAUCUGGAAGAAUCUACAGCAUCUCAAACAUCAGUUCUGAUUACAGUGGAGAAUACAAGUGCAAGUCCAGAAAUAAACAUGGAGAGAAAGACUCUGAUGCUGUGACUUUAAACGUCAUGUACCCUCCAAAAACAAUUUCAGUGUCCAUAAAUGGAUCUGGUGAAAUAAUGGAGGGAGAUUCAGUGACUCUGAUCUGCAGCAGUGAUUCAAACCCGCUGUUGCUGUCACUGUACAUGGUGUGUAUCACUGAGUCAUUCUGCGACUGGACAAAUAUUUAUCUGCUACUGAUGAGCUAG